UAAAAACAAGAUAUUGAGGUUAUGUUACUUUAUGAAGUAAAAAAUGUAGCACUGACAAAUUUAAAUUUAGGAAUUUAGAAGAACUGGAAAAUAAUGAUUCGGAAUUCUUUAUUGACCCCACGUUUUGUACCAAGACACAUAGCUAGGGUUCAUGUUUCUAUUUGGUCGCCUUUAGCAGAGGCUUUCAAUACUCUUCCAUCGCCAAAGUAUCAAAUUAAAUCAAAAAAUGUUGGCCUUUUCGGUGUACCUGAACUUACAACAGCUAAGGGAUUUUUCGAUAUUAAACAAGAUUGCGUGUUAAAGACUAAUGGCCUUAUCAGUGAAGCAUUAAGUAAUUGGCGGGCAAGAAAAAUGGUAGAGAUAUUUGAUGAAAUAUCAGAUACUUUAUGUAAAGUAGCGGAUUUAGCUGAAUUUAUUCGUUCAUCACAUCCUCAUGAAGAAUACAGUUAUGCUGCCCAGGUUGCAUGUGCUACUGUCAGUGGAAUUGUAGAAAAACUGAAUACAAAUAUAGAAUUAUAUGAAGUUUUGAAAAAUGCUGUAAGGCAGGGAGAUGUAGUAAAAACAACAGACGUUGAUAAUCAUGUUGGUGAAUUGUUUUUGUUUGACUUUGAACAGUGCGGUAUUCAUUUACCGGAGGAAACAAGAAAUAAAGUAGUCCAAUUGAAUGAUAGUAUUUUAACUCUAGGUCAGCAAUUUGUAUCAGGAACAGCUACACCUCGUGUAAUUAAAAAAGAUCUAUUGCCACCUAAUGUAGGAAACUUUUUUAUGACUGAUUCUGAUAAAGUAGUAAUAUCUAGUCUGUAUACUGAUUCAAAUAGUCCUCUAGCACGUGAAAUGGCUUAUAAGAUAUUUUUACACCCAGAUCCAAACCAAGAACAAAUUUUAAGUCAUUUGCUACAGUCUAGAGAUGAAUUGGGGAAAUUGUGUGGUUUCAAUUCAUAUUCAGAAAGAGCUCUCAAGGGUUCAACAAUUGAUACACCAGACAGUGUAAAAGAAUUUUUGGACAAACUGAAUUCAGAAAUAUGGGACAUGGCACAAAACGAUUUUGAUUGCAUGGAGAAAUUAAAACAAACAGAAUGUAUGGGUGUCGGUCCAUUGGCUUCAUGGGAUGUUCCAUAUUUUACACAGUCGGCUAAAAAAAAUUGGUUUAGGGUGUCGUCUAAAGAGUACUCACCUUACUUCUCCUUAGGCGCCUGUAUGGAUGGACUUAAUAUGUUAUUCCAGUCACUCUAUGGCAUUCAGUUAGUUAAUAGUGAUGUAGAACCAGGAGAAUGCUGGUACACGGAUGUUUAUAAAUUAGCUGUUGUGCAUGAAACAGAGGGAUUAUUAGGAUAUAUUUAUUGUGAUCUCUAUGAAAGAACUGGUAAAUCAAAUCAAGAUUGUCAUUUUACCAUAAGAGGUGGUAGACAGUUGAGGGAUGGUUCUUAUCAGUUGCCUAUAGUGGUUCUUAUGUUGAAUUUACCAGCGCCUAGAUGGUCAAGCCCUUCAUUGCUAACUCCAAAUAUGGUAGAUAAUUUGUUUCACGAGAUGGGGCAUGCUAUGCAUUCCAUGUUGGGAAGGACCCAGUAUCAGCAUGUUACAGGCACUAGAUGUAGUACCGAUUUCGCAGAAGUACCGUCAAUAUUAAUGGAAUACUUUGCAUCUGACAUACGGGUACUAAAACGUUUCGCCAGACAUUUCCAAACCAAACAGCCCAUGACUGAUGAUAUGUUACACAGACUGUGCGCCUCCAAGCACCUGUUUAUAUCCAGCGAGACACAACUGCAAAUAUUCUAUGCUGCCAUAGAUCAAGUCUACCACGGAAAACAUCCGCUCAGUGGCAGUACAACUGACGUAUUAGCAACCACUCAAAGGAAUUACUAUGGUUUGCCUUACGUUCCUAAUACCGCCUGGCAAUUGAGGUUUAGCCAUCUGGUGGUGUAUGGUGCUAAGUACUAUUCAUAUUUAGUGUCAAGGGCGGUAGCUUACUUGAUCUGGAAAACGUAUUUCGAAAAAGACCCUUUCAGUAGAGAAAAUGGCGAACGAUAUAGGCGAGAGUGUCUGGGAUUUGGGGGUGGAAAACACCCUAAAAAGUUGGUAGAAGAUUUUCUGAAGGUCGACCCAUCGGCUAGUGUGUUUGCCAAAGCCCUUUAUCACGAAAUCGAACACCAUCAAGGUCAGGUCGAUCUAGUAAUAAAGAAUAAGUGAACUCUUUAAGUGCAUCAUUUUUUAUUGUAUAUAUUUAUUAACUAGACGUAGGUUAUGUGGUUGUGAAAUAAAAAUAUUUUUAUUGA